GACAACUACAUUAAAAAUGAAUAAACACACGUAAUCUUACUGUCCACUGACUCAGGGUGAAAAAGUCUACCGUAAAAAUAGUUGUUUUCUAGUCCUCGUUUCCUGAACGAAAAAUGGGUGAUAAUGCAGAUAAGCCAGUCGAUGCGGAUGAGGUUCCGCCAGUGCCGCCGAUCGAUCCUACGAAGACACCCAAGCAGAUUUACUUCGAACUACUGCGCGCCUGGGUGCAACAUGCCCAGAUGCAACAACAAAUUGAGGCCUAUUUUCCGUAUUAUUUGGCGAACAACUAUCCGCAGCUAUUCCAGUCGAACGGAACACCAGCGGGAGUUACUAGUUCCUCUACUAGUACAACUGCGGGAGCCUCCACGUCCAGUACGAUUGCCCCUCCCGAACCACCGCCAGCGCAAGUUCAGCAGACUGCGAACCAGCGAAGGGCUACGGAAAUACUGGAUCCCGCCCGACAGGAAGAGAUUAUCAACAGAAACGGUGGCUACGAGUACAUCAUCGCACCCCUCUGGAAGCGGUUCGUGGCAGAGGCGAUCGAUAUCAUAAUAAUCUUUCUGCUAAAGGUUAUGACGACUAUGGCUUUCAUUGACUUUUUGGAUAUUGACCUAUUGGACAUCGAUUUUGACGCUAUUCGGAAUUCGAUCGAGGAGGACUACACCGAGCUUCUAUCAUUUACCUCUGAAUUGAUAUUUCUGGAAGUCAUAACAAAGUUCGCGGUCUGUAUUUAUGAAACUCUGUGGACUAUUCACGGCCAAGGUCAAAUUGGUGGCGCGUCACCAGGUAAGAUGUUGAUGGGCAUUAGAAUCGUUCAUGUUGAAGCCGUAGUCCUACUGGAUGCGCCGCAGCCUGGUAUAAACAAUAAUAACAACAAUCAAAAUCCAAUCCGGGCUCUGCUCUACCCAGCAGCCAAUCCUGGGUUCAAAAGGGCACUUUGCCGAUCGGUUGCCAAGAACGUUUUAAUUGCACUAUUUUUCCCCAUGUGCUUCCUGAUGUUUUUCUUUAAACAUAAUCGUACGAUGUACGAUAUUAUGACUAAAACCAUCGUUGUCGAGGAUAAUCCAGCUCCAGUACUGCGUCGACGCUAGAAGGUGGGUUGUUUAGAAGUAAGUAAUUAUACAGGCUAUCGUCGCCAAUUUUCUCUUGAAAUGUUAGUUGAAUAAAUUUGGUGGAGUUACUAAGAAAUUUGGUGAAGAAACUCUAGCAAUUCAGCAUGGAGAUACAUAUUGACAAAUUAAAAAGAAUGGUUACCUUUACAAGCGCAUUUAAAGAGACAAUAGGCAACGGAAACCUGAGAAUAUUGAAUUGUAUAAAGAAAUGUAAAGUGUGAAAUGCUUAACAGUAAGCGUUUAAAACGCAUGUUAAGGGUUAGCAGAGUUGGUUGUUCAAAAAGUUGUAUGUAUUAUCAUAAAUGUAUAUUUUUGUUUUUAAUAAAUGCAUUUGAAUAGUGGGUGUAGAUA